CGCGAGAAAAAAAACCAACCCAGAAACGAUUCUGUCAAAAAAAAGAAAAAAAGAAAAAAGAACCCAGAAACGAGAGGCAGAGCAGGCGAAGAGGGGAAAAACGAUCCGCUCUGCACCGAGGCGACAAAGGGCAGGAAGAAAUGGCAGGGAAACCCGUUAGCCUCAAGGGCGUCGCCCUCAUCAGCGGCGGUGCCGCCGACAGCGCUGUCGCCGGCGCCCUCCACUUCGUCCAAGACCCCUCCUCCGGGUAUACCGAGGUGAGGGGGAGGGUCUCGGGCCUCGCCCCGGGCCUCCACGGCUUCCACAUCCACGCCUUCGGCGACACCACCAACGGCUGCAACUCCACCGGACCCCAUUUCAAUCCUCAUAAUAAGUCCCAUGGAGCACCGGUUGAUGACGAACGGCAUGUGGGCGACCUGGGAAACAUACAAGCCAACAAGGAUGGUGUUGCAGAAAUCUUCAUAAAGGACUUGCAGAUUUCACUAAGGGGGCCUCAUUCCAUAUUGGGAAGGGCAGUUGUUGUUCAUGCUGAUUCUGAUGACCUGGGAAAGGGUGGCCAUGAACUCAGUAAAUCAACAGGAAAUGCAGGAGCCAGAAUUGGAUGUGGUAUCAUUGGAAUUCAGCCUGCUGUUUAACAAAAAAAAUAUAAGAGCCGUUGGAGUCCAUGUUGGUAUUGCAGCGCGCAGCCAAGGAAACAGUGAUAUCGUUGAAGAUCGUACAUUUUGAUGUGAUAUCAUUGUGAUCAAUUAUGUAAAUGUACACAAGUUCUCUUCAUAUCUUUUUUUGUUGUUGGUAAGUACUCUUGAUAGAAACAUAAUUUUAAAUAAAAGAAGAUAAAAGGUUGCACCAACUUA